GAGAACACAGAGCAAUUACAGUCCCUACCAUCAUCUCACCCGCUUCUUCACACACGUAUGCACACUGACUUUAUUCAGGUAAUGUGCCACAUCUCAUUGAUGAGAGAGAAAAAGUGAGGACACCGUCAACAUGCAGGAGUAUGAUGUCAUAGUACUUGGAACUGGAUUUAAGGAAUGUGUCCUCUCUGGUUUAAUGUCUCUUAAUGGGAAAAAGGUCCUUCACAUUGACAGGAAUUCUUAUUACGGAGAGGAAAGUGCAUCUAUUUCCCCUCUGCAGGAGCUGUACAGGAAGUUUAAAGUUCCUGGUCCUCCUAAAUCAGUAAGUCGUGGCAAAGAGUGGAAUGUUGACCUCGUGCCCAAGUUUUUUCUUGCCACUGGCCAGCUGGUGAAAAUACUCAUGCACACCGAGGUUACGCGCUAUCUGGACUUCAAAGUUGUUGAAGGCAGUUAUGUUUACAAAUCAGGGAAAGUGCACAAAGUCCCUGCUACAGAGGAGGAUGCUCACAGCUCAGAUCUGAUGGGAAUGUUUGACAAGAGGAGGUUCAAGAAGCUGCUGCACUUCACCCAGAACUUUGACAAAAGAAACCCUCGCACCCAUCAGGACAUGGAUCCGGACAAAACUACCACACGGGAGCUGUUCAGCCACUUUGACCUAGGACAGAAUGUCAUAGAGUUCACAGGUCACGCCAUAGCAUUACACUCCAGUGAGAGCUACCUGGACCAACCCUGUAUGGAAACCAUCCGCCGGAUCAGGAUGUACUCUGAAUCUUUGUCCCGCCACAACUACAGUCCGUACCUGUACCCCCUGUAUGGGCUCAGGGAGCUGCCACAGGGAUUCGCCAGACUGAGUGCAGAAUACGGAGGAACCUUUUUAUUGAACAGAGCCGUGGACGAGAUUGUGAUGGAAAACGGUAGCGUGAAGGCUGUCAGAUCUGAGGGGAAGCUUUUCCACUGUAAACAGUUGAUCUGUGAUCCCAGCUACGUUCCAAACCGUGUCCGGAAAAUGGGACGCAUCAUCAGAGUUAUUUGUUUGUUAAAUCAUCCUGUUAAAAACACCAACGAGGCCAGCUCCUGUCAGAUUAUCAUCCCUCAGACUCAGCUCAACAGGACGUCUGACAUUUAUAUAUCUGUGGUGUCCUACAGCCACAGUGUGGCCUCAGAUGGGAUGUACAUCGCCACAGUGAGCACCGCUGCAGAGACCAGCACCCCGGAGAAAGAAGUGCAGCCGGCUCUGGAGCUUCUGGAGCCCAUCAUGCAGAAAUUUGUGUCCAUCAGCAACCUGCUGGUUCCAAACGAGGAUGGGAGAAAGAGUCAGAUAUUUGUGUCUCGCUCAUAUGAUGCCACAAACCACUUUGAGUUUGAGUGUGAUGACAUCGAGGACCUGUACCACCGACUCACGGGAGCAGAGCUCUGCUUCGGGAGGUCUCGACAAGUAUCGCACAACUCUGAUGAUGAUUAAGGGCCUGCCACAUCAGGACCACGUGGUUUACCAGACAUGAUGAUUGCAUCAUAAACCAGAGGGAGUUCUAUAACAUGUAGACAAAUUCCUUUUGACCUGAUUUGUUUAUAAUUUUUUUAUGUCUGAUGCUGAGUAACUGGAAAUAAUUUCUCUAUUUAUUGUUUGUAAAUAAGCAAAUUGUGUCCUAUUUUCUAGUAGAAUCUGAGCACAAUCUGAUUACCAAAAGGAGAGAAGUGAGGAACUCAUGCUUAAUGUGUAAACUGUGGUUUAAAAGCAGACCUGACUAAAGCUAAGUGGACAGUUUUCCUGUGAUGGGUCUUUGUUCUGCUUAGCAGUUACAGGUGGAAGUCAUCAAACUGCAGAAUGCAUGUGAUGGUGUGGAUUUGAACGAUUUGAACACUUGGACUCUGGACAUGUUGCACCGAGACAAAUGAUUAAUGAAUUGUGCCGAUGUGCAGAGGACUCGUGGAUUCUCUUCUCUAUGAGGCUUAUGCAUGAGAAGGACAACGCCACUGAAUUAUAUCGUGCUGCACAGACACGUCAGAGGCAGAGCUGCUGGAGGAGGACGGACAGACGCACAGAAGUAAAGAGGCUUAUCAGAUGAAGGACAGCCACCAUAAAGACCGCCGGCUUCAUCUCAGCACAGACCGGAACACAGAGUCAGAUUUUAUUGUAAGCUUUUAUAAGUUCUUUAUCAGGCCGUUUUAAAAAAAAUUGAUAUUAAAGUAAUCUAUUCAUUUUCAGUUAUACCUGCAUAUUUUCAGUUCUUGGUCUAGGACUCAUUUAGACACAAUAAGGCUCCAACACUCAAGAAAUGAACAAGUGACUUGUUGACCCAAUAAAUAGAUAUGUUUAAAGCAAAAAAACAUUUAUUAAAACCACCUUAAAUUAUUACAAGCAGCUCUGGCAGCUUGGAAGAUAAAGAUAAAAAAAGUAGGUGUUUUUUUUAACCGUGUCCUGUCUGGCUGUGAAGCAAACAGAACUGAUGUCUGAAUGCUGGUGACAAGUCUUACAGAUUUACUCUCAGGUGGAGCAUUAAAGCGUCUGCUUUUAAUGUCACG